AUGCAUCUGCGCGACACAAGUCAGAAGCGGCUGCGAGGCCCCGUUGUCCAGCGGUCGUUGCGGUCUCAGAAAAACGCUUCGAAAAGCGGCGAGUUGCCAUUGUCUGCCGUCUCUGUCCAAGUUCGCGGGCUCUCGGCGUCGUACCUUCCUCGCGCCGCCACGCACCGCAACCGCGUGGCGAUGCAGCUGUUUGAGACGCCUCGGGAGUCCACGCGGUCGCGGGCGACAGCGGCUGCCCGCGAGGCGGCAGCCGCCGUGGCUGCGUCUUCGACGGUCACGGCCCCGUUCACGCUGCAAAAGCAACAGCGUCUCCUCUCGCUGCUCGCCUCCUCUGCAGAGGCUGCAGGCGCUUCUGAGCUCUAUCGCGUGCACGGGGUCGCCGGCUUCACGCGUUUCCUGCCUUCGUCUUCGCCGCGCACCUCGUUCCUGUUUCGCGGGCGAGUGCUCGAGCGGCUCUCGUGUCGGCGCGUGAACCACCUGGGGCGGAACCACAACGGGCGCAUCACCGUUCGCUUUCGCGGCGCGGGUCACUUCCGCCGCAUCCGGUUUGUGGACUACAAGCGCGGGAGGAAGAACAUCUUUGGGACGGUCUUGCGUCUCGAGUACGAUCCGAAUCGCUCGGCUCACUUGGCUCUCCUGCAGUACGACGACGGCGUCUUGUCCUACAUCCUGGCGACCGAGGCCACGCGCCCUGGAGACAGACUGGUCGCCUCCGAGCACGCAAACAUCUCCCCUGGCAACUGCUUGCCGCUGAGGAACAUCCCUGUGUCGACAAUCGUCCAUAACGUCGAGUUGCGGCCUGGGGCGGGCGGCCAGCUGGUGCGGGCGGGAGGCUGCUACGCCACGGUGGUGGCAAAAGACAAGAACUUUGUGACCUUGAAACUCACGUCCACGGAGGUCCGGCGCUUUUCCGCGGACUGCUGGGCGACCGUCGGGCAAGUGUCGAACGCGGCGCAUGCGGAGCGGAUUCGCGGAAAAGCUGGAGUCUCCUACUGGCUCGGCGAGCGGCCGCGAACCCGCGGAAAGGCCAUGAACCCCGUGGACCACCCGCACGGAGGCGGCACCGGAAAAAAAGGUCUGAAACGCCCUCCCGUCUCCAAAUGGGGCAUCCUCUGCAAAGGCUACAAGACGCGCGCGAAGAAGAAACCCCUCGGACUGAUCGUCCGCAGAAAGAAAGCCAACAAACUCAUCAAGAAAUUCGGAGAACUCGGCGCGUAG